AUGACCAUCAACCCGACCUACCUCGCGCAGCGCACCCGCUCCUCUGUUAACUUGGGCGAUGCGAAGAAGCGUGUUCUUCUGUCCUACCGGGACUGGCUCCGAGCUUCCCCUGAGAUCCAAACAAUGUACUCGCUGAACCUCCCCGUCUCCGCCAUCCGCACAAAGAUCCGCCAGGAAUUCGAGAAGCACCGCUACGUCAGCCAGCUCAACGUCGUCGAUGUGCUGCUAUUCCAGAGCCAUGCCGAGUUCCAGGAAACCCUCAACUACUGGAAACAGCUCUCCCAUGUGAUGAAGUACUUCCGGCCAGAGGAGGACCCAGGUGCCCGGCUACCCCCCAACUUUAUCUCCGGCUUCUUGGAGGGCCGCAAUUAA